UAAUGCAAAUGCCAUUAGCCUCAUAAACUCAUCAAAACACAAUUCACAAAACUAAACAAACAAAACCACAAAGUUUUCGUUCUUUCUCUAAAAUGGAAGAGUUAGAUACACUAUAUCCUCCUGAUUCAGAUCUUGAUCUCAGCUUUACGAGCUGUGCUUCAAUUAAUACAACAACAACUGAUCGUACACUUAGUGCGCGAAGUAGUUUGGCUCGUAGUAGCCUUACAUUGAGUUUUAACGAUCGCUUGUCAUGUACAUCAACUGCAAACAAUCCAUCUGCUGAAAUUCCCAACUUCCAUCGUCGUGCUCACCGUCAGCACGACCAAAACUGGUCUGCUAUUAAGGCAGUGACAACACUUUCCUCCGAUGGUGCUCUUCAUCUCCGGCACCUCAAGCUGCAUCGCCUUGUUGGCUCAGGAAACCUUGGCCGUGUUUUCCUCUGUCGCCUUCGCGACUAUGAUCAUGCGAACUUUGCUCUUAAGGUGAUUGACAGGGACUCUCUUACGGCGAAAAAACUGUCUCAUGUUCAAACGGAGGCGGAGAUUCUUUCUUCUUUAGAUCAUCCUUUUCUCCCAACACUUUACGCACAUUUAGAAGUAUCACAUUAUACUUGCUUGUUAAUCGAUUUUUGCCCUAAUGGUGAUCUACAUUCCUUGCUUCGAAAGCAACCUGGUAACCGGCUACCUAUUGAAUCGGUCAGAUUCUACGCAACUGAAGUACUCAUAGCUCUCGAGUAUCUACAUUCCCUUGGAAUUGUCUAUCGUGACUUAAAACCAGAAAACAUUCUCAUUCGCGAAGACGGACACAUCAUGCUUUCGGAUUUCGAUUUGUGCUUCAAAUCUGAAGUCUCUCCGAAGCUAGACUUCACCACUCGUACACAACAACAACAACGAUCUAGAAACAGAUGCAGAUUUUACAAUCACCGCCUAAAGGAAGAAAUAGUAACCGAGUUUGUAGCAGAACCAACGUCUGCAUUUUCCGGAUCAUGCGUAGGAACACACGAGUAUUUAGCACCGGAGAUCAUCAGUGGUACCGGACAUGGCAAUGGUGUAGACUGGUGGGCGUUUGGUGUUUUACUAUACGAGUUGUUAUAUGGUACGACGCCGUUUAAGGGGAACAGUAAAGAGUGCACACUGCGCAAUAUAGCAUCUAGCAAAGGCGUAAAGUUUUACUUUGACGAAGUUACUCAAAAUGAUGAUACUGAAAUUAAAGAUUUAAUAGAGAAAUUAUUAGUAAAGGAUCCACGGAGGAGGCUAGGAUGCGCCAGGGGUGCAACGGAUAUUAAACGUCACCCAUUUUUCGCCGAAAUAAAAUGGCCGUUGAUCAGAACUUACCGGCCACCGGAAGUGCGGGGAAUAACUAUAAAGAGAACGAAGAGUAAAGCGCACGUGACCAGUCACGUGACUGGAUUAUCAUCUUCACCAAGAAGAAGGCGUUGCUUAUGGAAAAGGUUGGGUUAUUUAAUGAGGAUUAAGGGAUCUAAGUAUAAUUUAAAUGCUAAUCAUAAUUAUUAUUGUCAUACUAAUUACAAUAAGGUUAGCAAAUGUGUUUAAAUCCAUUUCAACCUUUUGUAAAAGAUUUAUAUUGUCUUUUUUCCCGUUAAUUUUUUUUUUUUUUUUUUUUUUUUGGGUAUAAGUUUGUAAAGGAGGAGGUUAGAGAACAUCAAUUUUGGGGGGAGAUGUUUAAUUUUUUUUUUUUUCCUUCCUGGUUUGUUUUCCUUUUUGAGGGAAAUUUUAUACAUAUUUGUAAAUGAAAAAAAAAUUAUGAAAGGAAAAUUAUUUCAUUAA